GGCGGGGCGCAGGCAGAGGGGGACUAUGGGGCUCUGAGGGAGGUGCACCCCGCCGCACCGAGCUGCUCACCCACCGUCCCCGGUCGGAGCGGGAGGCGCCGCGGCGUGCGCAGCCGGCUGGGCUUGCGGCUCGGGGCCGCGACAGGCCCAGCUGCUGUCCCGAGAGGCGGAGAAGGCGUAGGGGGAAAAAAGAAAAUAGAAGUUAUCAAGAUGAGUAAAAAGCCUCCAAGUCGUCCAGGGAUCACGUUCGAGAUUGGUGCUCGUUUGGAAGCACUGGACUACUUACAGAAAUGGUAUCCAUCUCGCAUUGAGAAAAUAGACUAUGAAGAGGGGAAGAUGUUGGUCCAUUUUGAACGUUGGAGUCAUCGCUAUGAUGAGUGGAUUUAUUGGGACAGCAAUAGAUUACGACCCCUGGAAAGACCAGCACUAAGGAAAGAAGGGCUAAAAGAUGAUGAUGAAUUUAUUGAUUUUAAACCUGGAGAAGAGGUGCUAGCUCGUUGGACAGACUGUCGAUAUUAUCCUGCUAAGAUUGAAGCAAUUAACAAGGAGGGAACCUUCACAGUACAGUUCUAUGAUGGAGUUAUUCGAUGCCUAAAAAGGAUGCAUAUCAAAUCUAUGCCUGAGGAUGCCAAAGGGCAGGCGCGCGAGAGGGAGCAGAUAGCGCCGGAGCUGAGAUUAGUGACGGAAAUCGAACCAAAAGAAGAUUGGAUAGCUUUGGUCAAAGCUGCUGCUGCAGCAGCAGCCAAGAACAAAGCAGGAAGUAAACCUCGGACCAGUGCAAACAGCAAUAAAGAUAAAGAGGAGAGAAAAUGGUUUAAAGUACCUUCAAAGAAGGAAGAAACCUCAACCUCUACAAUCAUACAGGAAGUCCAGAAAAAGGAAGAGGAGCCUACAUCUAGUGAAACGUUCGUAGGAUUCCCAGUAGUGGACAUUCCUAAGAUGGCGUUUGUGCGGGCAGAGAGCACAUUAUCGCACAAGAGGAAAAGUAAUCUAGGCAACUCAUUUCAGGCAAAGAGAGCUCGUCUUAACAAGAUCACUGGUUUGUUGGCAUCCAAAGCUGUUGUUGUGGAUGGUGCUGAAAAAAAGGAAGGCAACAAAGAAACAGCUCCAGUCCUGGAGCAGGAGAUUUCACCUAAACCUCAAAGUCAGAAAAAAAAUGAAGCUGAUAUUAGCAGUUCUACCAACACUCAGAAACCUGCACUGUUAUCCUCAACUUUGUCUUCAGGAAAGGCUCGCAGCAAGAAAUGCAAACAAGAAUCUGGAGAUUCUUCUGGGUGUAUAAAGCCCCCUAAAUCACCACUUUCCCCAGAGUUAAUACAAGUCGAGGAUUUGACGCUGGUCUCUCAGCUUCCUUCUUCUGUGAUAAAUAAAACUAAUCUCUUUUUAGGUCCGUCACAGCCAGUGAAUCCCCCUAGAUCCUACAAAUAUAGCCAGAGGAGAAGAAGAUCACAGCGUUUAGCCACUUGCUCGUUGCCUGAUGAGUCUAUACAAAAAGUUCCUUCUCCCUCUCCAGUCACUGAUGGAAAAGUGUUCUCCAUCAGUGCUCAAAAUCAACAGCCAUCAAUAUCAGAGGUACCUGAUGUUGCUCAUAUGUCACUUGAGAAGCGUGGACCAUGUCUCCCUCUUGACUUAAGCCGUAGUUUGGAAGUUACAGCGCCAUUAUCCACAGAAUCCACUUUCCGUAAUGAGUACCCCAGUAAAGAAAAGGAAGAUACUCAGAUGAUUACAUAUCAUUCUUCCAAAGCAGUAACUGAUGGAAGAGUAGCUACAACAGCGUCAGCACCCUCGUCCCAUGUACAUGCCUUACAUCUGGAAAUGCCUUUAACCAAUAGUCUAAAGUUACCCAAAGGGAAUAGUAAAAAAAAGAGGUCUUCCACGUCAGUCAGCUCUGAAGGGACAGAGAUACAGUUCUCUGUGCCUGUAAAGGAGAAAUGUUUUGAGAAUCUGCAGGAGAAAAUGUUAAAGAAGGUCAUUGAGAAGGACAAGCAUUCAGAAGUUGGUAUAUUGAAAACUGAAAAAAAAGUGAAAUUGGAAGAGAAAAGCUCAUCAUCAUUUGGUAAAAAGAAGGAGAAAGAGAAAGAGAAAAAAGAGAAAAAGGAAAAAGAUCAUAAAUCAAAACAGAAGAAGAAGAAGAAAAAGAAGAAGAAAUCUAAACAGCAUGAUUAUUCGGAUUAUGAAGAUAGUUCUCUUGAGUUUUUGGAAAGGUGUUCCUCUCCACUCACACGUUCUUCUGGGAGCUCUCUGACUCUGCGAAGCAUGUUUACAGAGAAGAACACUUCAUACCAGUAUCCAAGAGCCAUUCUGUCUGUCGACCUGAGUGGAGAAAACCUCUCGGAUGUGGAGUUCUUAGAUGAUUCCUCCACGGAAAGCUUAUUACUGAGUGGUGAUGAAUACAAUCAGGACUUUGAUUCAACCAAUUUUGAAGAAUCUCAGGAUGAAGAGGAUGCUCUCAAUGAAAUUGUUAGAUGCAUCUGUGAAAUGGAUGAGGAAAAUGGCUUCAUGAUUCAGUGUGAAGAAUGCCUGUGCUGGCAACAUAGUGUAUGUAUGGGAUUAUUAGAGGACAGCAUUCCAGAGCAGUACAUCUGUUACAUCUGCAGGGACCCACCAGGUCAGAGAUGGAGUGCCAAAUAUCUUUACGAUAAGGACUGGUUAAACAAUGGGCAUAUGUGUGGAUUAUCAUUUUUAAAAGAAAACUACUCGCACCUUAAUGCCAAAAAGAUAGUGUCAACACACCACUUGCUGGCUGAUGUGUAUGGCGUAACUGAAAUUCUACAUGGACUGCAGCUGAAGAUUGGGAUACUAAAAAAUACACAUCAUCCUGAUCUUCAUCUUUGGGCUUGCUCAGGGGUGCGAAAAGAGCAAGAGCAAGUGACAUUUGGGGUAGAAAAGAAAAUAGUGACUUUGCCAGAUACUGUUAAUCCAUCUGAAAGGACAUGUCACAAUCAAAGCCAUAAAGAACCACCCCCUAGUUUACCGCAGAAGAUGGAAGAAACGUAUGUUACAAGCGAGCACAGUUACCAGAAACCACAGAGUUUUGGUCAGGACUGCAAAUCAGUUACUGACCCCGUGAGCUCAGAUGAUGAAGAUAUGAGUAGUUUUGAGGAAGAUCAGGAAUUUUGUUCAGAUGAUAAAAACUGUUCACAAUAUUCUUUAAAAGAAGAUGGCAUGAGUGAGCAGAAGAACACUGCUGAAGGGAAUGUGGUGUGUGCCUGUAAUGAAAAAAAAGGAUCAGAAGAACAAGUGGAUUCACAUCUUCAAUGGCAGCUAAAUCUCCUGACCCACAUAGAGAAUGUACAGAAUGAAGUCACCAGCAGAAUGGAUCUUAUUGAAAAGGAAGUUGAUGUUUUAGAAAGCUGGCUUGACUUCACUGGAGAGCUGGAACCUCCAGAUCCUCUUGCAAGACUGCCUCAACUCAAGCGACGUAUCAAACAGCUCUUAAUUGACAUGGGGAAAGUACAACAAAUAGCCACGCUGUGCUCUGUAUGACAAAAGGAAGAAUAAAGGAAUAAAAAUAGGCUCUCUACAGUGAAUUUUCUUAUUAGCCACAAGACUGGCAGGAGGACAGCAAAAAGCUGGAUAUUUGUCUGGUUCUGUGCCGAUUACAUUUUUAGCCUGACGCUUUGGAGAAAGGAAAGGAAAUCUAGAUUAAGGAAAUUGACACUGAAAAGCUAAAUACGCUAUGUUCAAGAUGCAAAUUACAAUAUGUCACAUAUUGAGGAACAUUGAAAUGGCAGAAUUUCUCCUUCAGGUCAUACAAGAAGGUUCAAGAAAUCUCUGUAAUGGAAAAUACUAUAAUUUUAUAGUCCGUAGCAGAAAGAGCCAAAGUCAGUGGGAAAAACAUACAUCCAUAAUUUUUUUUUUCUCCCAUUGCUAAUGAAAAUACAGACACAGAGAGAUCCAUAGCCUCUCUACAGUUGGUCCACCCCCAAAGUUUUAGGCAGGUAACUGAUCUUUUGCAGCCCAGGAACUAUUUCUUGUCUAAUUAGUGUUAUUCAGGAAAAUGAAAACAUUUGCCUCACUUUUGAAAGAAACAGUAUGUGGUGGUCUCCUUAUAAAUAUUUUUUUUUAAUGGAAAUCCUCAUUACAGCACCCUUAGGCUCUUUUAAAAACGUAAGUGGCAAACAGUGGUCAGAUGUGCCAAAUAAUACUAAAACCACUGGGAUGACAGUUUGAAGAUAGUGAAAUACCUGAAGAGUUUUUUUUCAAAAGUUCUACCUGGUGCCAGCAAUCCAUCCAAAAUUGUAUCUAGUUUAUAUUUUUUUACGUUCUAUUGCAGUAUUCAGGAUUCAAAGUACAUUUUUGUCAGCUUGGUGUUAGCCCUCUGAAUCUUUACCAACCUCAUCUGGGAUGAGGAAUGACAAGAGCAGAAAAAUUGCUUGUUUGUGGCUGUGAAUUACUAAACCACUAGAUUGAAUAUCGCAAAGAUACAUUAUCUAAGAUGUUUUUAUAAAACUUUUAGCUUCAGUCAUACGUGAGUAAAACAUCAUGAAACCAAAGGCAACCUAGUUGCUCUGUUAGCUCUUGCUGGAUUUUGAGCUCAGGACCUUCUCUUUGCCUGUGCUCAUGUAAGUUGUCACUGCACCCAGUGCUACAUAUGUAUGUGUAGGUAUAAGUGUAUAUACACACACAUUCAUAUGUACGUACUAUAUAGAUAUUUAUAUCUACACAUGUCUAGUUUUAUUACUAUAAACUAUAAGAACUGGUGGUUAACAUGAAAUGUUACCUUUUAACAAGCAGUUUAUAAAAUUGAAAAUAAUGUAUGUACAGGUUUUGGAAUUUGUAAAAUAUGACUGUUAAAAGGAGGCUAUUUAAUUGAUGACAUAAGAUACUUGAACAUUUUAUGCCUCACAACUGUUUAUCAGUUCUAGUUUUCUGUAUAAAUGCAUUUUAGAACCGAUAGACAGUAAACUUGAAUUUACCUUUUGAUAAGAGUACAAGCCACUGUACAUUCAAAAAUUAUUUAAAUUUGCAAACACACUGUUCUAUAUGUAAGGUACUGUAUGUAAAACUGUUUAUUAAAACUAUUCUGCAUACUCUACAUUUUCCACUUUUCUUCCUGUCCUAUACAGAAAUGUAAAAAAGUGAUUAAAAUAAUGUACAGACCAUAAAAAACUCGAAUUUUUUGAAUGCCUGUUGAGGAUUCAGACAGUCGAAAAAUGUGCCAAAGAUGGAUUGUGUACAAAAGAUGUUGAAACUAGUGUUUUGAACUUUCAUCAUAAAACCAUUAUUGAGAGAGAAAGUAGCAUGCCCGGGUGCUUAUUGAAAAAUGCCUCCACUAAAGUCUCUAAUUUUUCUGUCAUGUCUGAAGUAAGUUAAUGCUAUUAAUAUUUUAACUCUAAAGCAAAUGUGUCAACAUCAGUUCUAGAAUGAUACCUAUUUAAAAGGUCUCUUCAACAGCAGUUACCACACCAUUGUAUCAGAGAUAUUACAGCUCUGUCUUAAUUCCAAAACGCAACUCAAUCUUAAUUAUAUAGCAGGGAUUGACACCUCCAUAAUUUAAAGAGGAAAUACAGUAACUGAGGAAUCUGUCAAGAAAUGUUGACUAUUUUUUAUGGCAACCACUAUUAUGUUUAACAAAAUACCCUUAUGUUUUAUACAGUAUAAUUUGAUGCUUAAAUGACUACUUAAGACACAUUUCACAGUAUUAACAGCUGUUGAAAGUGAUCUACUUGCUCUUUGGAUAUGCAAGAUACUGUUGUAUAUUAUUCACUUGCUGCAUAUCCUUAAAUGUGGUACUGUGUGUACUGUACAGAAUAAAUGUAAAUAUUAAUACACAAUUUGAAAUGAAGUAUAUAGUAUUUACAUAAUAUAUACAGUACAUACUGGUGCUAUGUUAUACAAUGUGUGUAUGCAUGUUUGUGAUACCAUAUAACUGUAAAUGUAUUGAACAGAGAGAUGGACUGAGAUUUAAAGUUGUGGGAAGGAGGUUCCAUGCUUUGGGCCCAUCACAGCAAAGUUAUAAUGAGAUGUGAGAAUAUUAUCCCUAAAAGGUGGAUGUUGUAUGAGCGGCGGACCCGGAGGUGGUCUCAGAUGCAGGUGCUAGGAGGUGGUCACUGAUGUAGCCAGGGCCUAUACUUUUAAAUAUAUAUUACAUAUAAAAAACUGUCAAGUAUUGUAUGGUUUCAAAGUUAAGUAAUCAAAAGUUAGGCAAUGUCUGAAUUAAGGUUGCCUAUGCAAUUCAGCCUUCUUCUGCCAUAUGCAUUGUGUUAGUCUUUUAACUUGCAAGGUGUCACUUUUUUUUAACCACACGGAACCCUGCCUCUUUCAAUGCACAGAUAGGUAGUGCCCCUGAAUGAGUAACUUUUCAAUAUUUCUGUUUAUCCUCGUUCAUUUGGUAGCCAAAUGCAUAAUAUUUACCACAUACCAUUUAAACCCUGCACUGUCUACAAAAUUAUUCAUUUCUUCAUGAGCUUUUCUAUGACACACAUCGCUGUCGUGUCAGAAUGCUUCACAAACUUUAAGGUAACUUGGUAUCAUCAACCCCACUUUAAAGAUGUGAAACUGAGUAGUAGAGAGAUUAAGGCUAAAAUUGUCAGGCGCCCAACUUGUGAAACAUUUGGAGCCUGAUUUUUUUCAGAGCAUUUUUAUAGCACUUUAUAUGGUCAGUGCAUGCACUGACUUGAGUUAUGGUUGUAAGUGCUCAGUGGUUUGAGCAUUGGCCUGCUAAACCCAGGGUUGAGUUCAGUCCUUGAGGGGGCCACUUAAGGAUCUGGGGCAAAAAUCAGUACUUGUUCCUGCUAGUGAAGGCAGGGGGCUGGACUCGGUGACCUUUCAGGGUUCCUUCCAGUUCUAUGAGAUAGGUAUAUCUCCAUAUAUUAUUAUUAUAGGCCCCCAGAUGUUUCCUGGUGGGCACCUAGAAACCCAAUUAGUGGCCACCUGUGAAUUUUGGUUGCAGUGACAUAGGAACUCUGCGGCAGAAGCAAGGAUAGGUUCCAGUUCUCAGAACUGUCUUGAUCAUAAGACUAUCCUUUCCCAUCUUGCAGUCCUUUGCCUCAUUCGCCACAUGCCUUCCAGCUUCCUCAACAAAUGAGGCAAGCAUCUUACAAACAACUGCCUCAUUCACUACACAACUGAUUCAUUCCCAACGCACCAUCUGCGCUGUGCACUGAACAAGGCAGAAGUGCUGAGGAAAAAAUAGUAGGUGAUGCCGUAACUAAAGACUGUAUCACAAUGCAUGUGCACAAAGGGGCCAAAUUAAGGUUACACAAGCUUAAUUCUGCCAUUUCCUACCUUUAGGAUGCUUGACUUUGCCGUCUUUUAUAGUGUUCUUUUAAUGUAGUUUUUAACUUAAUUUAAGGUUUUUUAAAACAAACGGGGGGAAAAAAACAAAAAGGAAUUCCAUCAUACAGAGCCAUACCGUGACACACCCAGGGCUACUCAGCAGUGUUGGAGCCUUUAAACUUCUGCCACUUGAGCUGAUAGCGUAACGACUAAUAGUAGUUGGCUGUUAGUCUCUCUGAACCAGCCGCUAAGGAAGAUGAGAGACUUUGCAAAUGGAUUUCACGGGUAUUUGCUAGACAGCAAAUGUUGGGACUCAGGCCUUGGCUACACUGGCGCUGUACAGCGCUGCAACUUGCU